CAGCCUGGAGAGCCUGGAUUUGGAUUAGCUGUAACCAACUUGGUCUCAUGCAAACCACCAGUUCUGGACGGAACAUCUUCGGAAGUUGCCAAUAUUGUUCUUCCAAACGGCUCACUUGAUCCAUUCCGUCUUCUCGGUACUUAUGAGGACUAUCCUGUGAUACAUCAAAAGACUAUGCUCAUCGAUGGUAAACCCUUGAACUAUUGA